CACACACACACACACACACACACACACGCGGACAUUCACAAGUCUUGCUUCUCACCCGAUAACGUUACACUUUAGUCACCCAGCUAGCACGGCAGAAGACGGUCGACCCUCAGCCAACUGUUGCCACAUUUUGGAGAAGAAAUCAAAAAGCACAGCCAUGGGGAAAGGAUGCGUUACAGUCACCAAGUACUUUCUAUUCCUCUUCAACCUCCUCUUCUUUAUCUUCGGAGCAGUGAUCGUGGGCUUUGGCCUGUGGGUCCUCUUUGAUAACCAGAGCUUCAUUGCUGUUCUACAGGAAUCCUCAGACACGGUGAAAGUGGCUGCCUUAAUCCUCACUGGAGUGGGUACCAUGUCAAUGGCCAUGGGCUUCUUUGGCUGCAUAGGAGCCAUCUACGAAUUACGUUGUGUGCUGGGUCUGUACUUCACCUGCCUCCUACUCAUCCUCAUCGCCCAGGUCACUGCUGGAGUUCUCAUCUACUUCCAAAGAGAUCGGUUGAAAUAUGAGAUGUCCAAUAUCAUAAAAGGCAUGCUAAUCAACUACACUGGUCAGAACAGCACCACAGAGCACACCUGGGACUACAUUCAGAAGACGAUGAAGUGCUGUGGAUGGACGGGUCCAGGCAACUGGUCUGAGAACAGUUUGAUCAAGAACAGCUCUCAGAACCUCUACUCCUGUUCGUGUCGCAAUGAGUCCCUGCCUGGCACGGACAUCAAGGACGUAGGCCUGUGUGAGCACCUAUCCACAGAACUACCCAUCUAUGAAAUGGGCUGUGCAACCAGCGUGGAGAAAUGGCUCAUGGACAACUGUGGAGUUAUUCUGGGAAUCUGUGUCGGUGUGGCAGUCAUUGAGCUCCUUGGGAUGAUCCUCUCCAUGUGUCUGUGCAAGAGUGUUGUCGUGGAGGAUUAUACCAAAGUACCGAAGUACUGAGCUGAAGACAGAGCCAGCUUCACACCACACACAGAUGGAUGGACUCUUUUCCUCUCUCCUCUCUCUCUCUCUCUCUCUCUCUCUCUCUCUCUCUC